AUGGCACGUGACUAUAUCAGAGUUAAGGAUUGGAUGUAUGUGAAUCGUGAAAAACGCACAAAGCCUGAAUUCAUUGAAGGAGUUGCCUCUUUCAUAAAUUUUGUGCGUGAACACGAUAGGAUCCAAUAUGGGAUGAUUCUUUGUCCGUGCAGUCAUUGUGGGAAUAGGCUGCAUCGUAAGGAGGAAGAUGUAGAACUUCACAUUGUUAAGCAUGGUUUUAUUAAGGAUUAUACAAUUUGGGUAUAUCACGGAGAAAUCGUAGCUCCUAAUAUUGCCGAUAAUGAAGAAGAAGACAAUGAAGAAAAUUUAUUUCCAGAAGAGGAGAUGGAGGAAAUGAUAGAAGUUGCUUUUGGUGACUCCAAUCUUGCUGAAGAUGAUCAUCCUUCCGGACAAGAACAUGUAGAUGAGUAUGAGAAGUACAUGAAAGAUGCCAAAAGACCAAUUUAUGAGAAUGCAAAAUAUUCCACACUAUCAUGGUUCGUUCAACUUUUCCAGAUUGAAUGCCUAAAUAAAUGGAGCAACAAGUCAUUUACGAUGCUUCUAAAAUUCCUGAAAGAUUCUAUGCCUCUGGGGAACAAUGUGCCUCAGAGCUGGUAUGAAGCUAAAAGGAUAAUGUCAGAUCUGGGUUUGAAUUGUGAGAAGAUUCAUGCAUGUCCUAAUGAUUGUGUACUGUUCUGGAAAGAAAAUUCUAAACUGAAAGAGUGCCCUAACUGUGGAGUUUCUAGAUAUAAGAAGAAAGCACAUGCUAACAAGAAUGACAUACCAGUCAAGGUGGUACGAUACUUUCCUGUGACACAGAGGCUGCAGAGGCUCUACAGGUGUAAGAAGACAGCGGUGGCAAUGACUUGGCAUGACCGUGCUAUUCCAAGUGAACAUGGUAAAAUGAGUCAUCCAAGAGAUUCGCCAGCAUGGAAGGAUUUCGACAAGUUGCACACAAUAUUUAGUCAAGAUCCCCGUAAUAUUAGGCUUGGAUUAGCUAGCGAUGGUUUUUGCCCUUUUAGUUUUAAUGGCAAUCCGCACAGUACAUGGCCUGUUAUAAUGAUGAUAUAUAAUCUUUCACCGUGGUUAGCGAUGGAUCAAUCAUACUUUCUGAUGCCUCUUCUUAUUGAUGGGCCGAGUUCACCGGGCAACAAUAUCGACGUCUACCUUCGACCUCUCAUCGAUGAGUUACAGUCUUUAUUCGUUGAUGGUGUAGAGACAUAUGAUGCAGACAAAGGGGAGACAUUCACAAUGCGUGCGGCCUUAAUGUGGACAAUUAAUGACUUUCCUGCAUAUGGAAUGCUAUCAGGUUAUUCUGUACACGGUUAUAAAGCAUGUCCUUACUGCCAUGCCGAUACAUCAUCGACAUGGUUGCCCUUUAGCAAAAAAAUCUGUUAUUGCGGUCAUCGACGUAUGUUGGAAGAAGAUCAUCCUUAUAGGUAUGAUGCUGUUCACUUUGAUGGUACUACAGAGCAUAGAACAGCUCCAGUCCCCCUAUCCGGAAAGGACAUACUUGCUCAGUGGAAUGUUUACGGAAAUAUAACUUUCGGAAAAGUAAAGGAAAGACAGGAAAGACCACAAGGAUAG